GUUGUUGCGUUAAAUCUUACCCAGAUAGUGCUAUCUGUCUGAUUGGCUGAUUGGCUUUAUUUCUUUGAUUGGCUAAUAAGUGUCAUUCUCGACUAAGAACUUGAACCGCGCUUGAUUCCUGCCCGUUGCCAUAGAGACAGCGGUGCGGACUGAUACAUUUUGGGUGCUGCGGCUUAUUAAAUAUAUGAUAAAUAGUCAAAAAGUUUUUCUGCGUGAGAAAUACUAUGUGUGGCGGGAGAGCGUAAAAAAGCCCGAAAUGCGUGAAUGUCACUCUCAAUGCGUGACACUUGACGCAUUUAAAUCAAAACAUCUGUUUAAAUCAAAACAUCAGCCCUUAUUUGGCCUGAUGGUGUCAUUGAUGGAACUAUGACACAGCAGUGUGGUCUCUUCAAACCAUCAGUAGCAAGUGAGACAUAGUCAUUGUAGUGCGAUUUUCAUCAAGUUUACAGCGAUUAAUAGCUAUUUUAAAACGAGUAGAAGUUUAUCAGCAGAAUUUAAUAUCACUUCUGAAGCUUUGUACCAGCAUUUUACCACCAUUUUACCAGUAGUUUAAAAGUAAACAACAGCAUCCAAAUUCCACAAUGGUUGCAGUGUAUGUUGGUGACCUUCACCCAGAAGUAUCAGAUCUGAUGCUUCUAAAUAAAUUCAAUAAUGCAGGGCCAAUUCAAUCGGUCAACAUCUGCAAGGACAAGGAGACCGGCUCGCCGCUCGGCUACGCCUACGUCAACUUUUACCAUCGAGCUGACGCUGAGCAAGCUAUAAAGAUGUUCAACUUUGAACUUCUAAUGGAGAGACCCAUGAGGGUCAUGUGGUCCCGCUGGGAACCCACCGCGAAGAUUACCGAAGGGUGUAACAUCCUCAUUAACGACCCUGAUCCGUCUAUCAAUGGAAUGCGCCCGAAAGGCCGCCAAGUCACCGUCGAGUACUUUAAGUCUCGGGAGGAGCUCAAGGCUGAAGACAAAAACCAGGGCAACAACUUGUACAUCAAGAACCUGGAUGACAACGUUGACAAUGAUUGCCUGUACAGGACCUUUGCACAAUUUGGAACCAUCAAAAGUGCAAAGGUGAUGAUGGAGAAUGGGCGUUCAAAGCGAUUCGGCUUUGUCUGUUUUACAUCAUCCCAGGAUGCCAUGAAAGCCAUGAACAAGAUGAACGGAAUGAUGUGGGGCAGGAAAAAGAUCUACGUUGGACUGGCUCAAAAGAAAGAGGAGCGCCAGGCUUUCCUACAGGGAAUGUUCAGGAAGGAGUUCAGCAGUCCUGCUGUCAAGACGCCUUGCUCUGAAGACCUUGUCCAAACUGUCGAGACAGCUGCCCCAAAAUACAUCGUGGAGGCUGUGGAGACAGCUGCCCCAGUGAACACUGUAGAAGGUGUGGAGACAGCCACCCCAGUGGACACUAGAAGGUGUGGAGACAGCCACCCCUGUGGAAAAAGCUCCAGAUACGCUUGAGGAAACCCUGAAAAUGAAGCAUAGAAACAGCAAAAAAGAAGAAAGGGGAGAAUAAGAAGAAGGUGAAAUGUAGCAGACACUUAUUUUAAAUAUACCCGAAACGUAUUGUAAACACAUUUUAAAUAUAACUGUUGUUUGAAUCUUUAAUACAUUUUAAGAAUAA